AUGCUGAAGGUCGAGACGAAAACAGUAGGACAUGAUGAUUACUCUCGUCAAAAGCCCUGCCACCUAGCUGCCGGGUACCUAGGUAGCCUCCUCCUCGAGCUGGACACGCCGCGCGACCUCUCCAGCUAUGUCACGAAAGCCACAACAACCAGAGGGUGCCUCGAGUGGGCAGGAGCGGCCCGUCGCCCUCCCGCUUGUUGCAGGACGAAACAAGGCUUUGCCAGGAAGGACGCCAUCUUCCCUCAGCCUCCUCCUCGCCCCGGCGCCACGGCUACGCGUCCCGAGCGCGACUCAGCUAACAGGCGGCAGAUGGCCAGCAACGCCUGGGGGACCGACGCGUCCCGCGCGCCACGCAGUCAUGCGGCUGCCGCAGAGGAUCGAGACCACCAGCAGCACGUCCCGACGCCACGGGGCCUCCGAAGCGGGCCGACCAGAGCUGCUCGCGCCGUUUUUUCGAGCCGUGGGAGCAAGCUGCGUCAGGUCGACACCCACGCGGCCCCCCAGUGCGUCACGCGGCUGUUGUGUGGCGCUGCGCGUGGGGGAGAGGGGGAGAGACGGAAGGAUGAGUGA